GGCUGGUUGCCACACACCUACGCGAGGAACGGCGGUGGCACUUGUCCUUCCAUCAUCAAUCGACGACCGACCACCUCCAAUGGCCUCUUCAUCUCCCGAGAAACCCAGGAAGAACAGCUCGGAUGCUAGCAACAGCUCAGACAACAGCGAUGACAGUUCGUCGAGCGGUGGCAGCUCGUCGUCGUCGUCGGACUCCGAUUCGGACAACGACACUGCCAAGGAUGACAACGCGAACAGCCAAUCACUUCCACUGAGUAGCGAGGAUAAAGAGAGUCUGACAAAGCCGCUGGAUCCGAACCCGACUCGCGCCGCGGCCCGACUCAAGGAAUCCACCGGAACGGGCCUAAUGGCGCUCAACACUCAGAAGCGCGACCGACGCACAAUCGAGCAAAUCCAGUCGGACCUACGGAUCAAGAGGGGUGCUGCUGCUGCAAAUCCCGGGAACGCUAACCGAGUAUCGUCAAGACGACCCACGACGGCCACCGUAUCGCCGGCUCAGCCGCCGGUGGCCGAAUCAACUUCAGUCCCAUCCUUGGACAUGUCGGUGAAAGCCAAGGGCAACAGCAAGACAGUCAAAGGUCGAUUGGAGUCGAAAUUGGCCGGGCGUGGCGCCGGAGCCCGCGGGAAAACCGUCCCGAAAGCCACCGCGGCGGCGUCCAAGACACAACCGACGACGUCGGCGGUCACAAACAUCAGUCGGUCGGCGACGUUGUUGUUGACAAGCAGCCAGACCACGCCACCCGAAACGUCCCCCAUUCAAACCGAUCUCGUUGAAGAUCCGAGGUCCAAUUCCAAGGUGGUCCGCACGAUUGUCAAAGCCUUGCAGCGAUACGGAGACCUCAUGGACGGUAACUUGUACAAGGAGCACCAAUCCACGUUCUGCGACGAGUACAAACAGCCUAGCUUCUUGGUGCGGGCCAAGUUGGCGUCGCAUCUGAAAGUGUCCGAGGACACGCUCGCGUCGAUUGCCAAGGAGAUCAUUGUGCAAUGUGAUGCGGCGUCGGCGCAAAAGGAAGAAAACGUCAAGUACGCAGACGUGGACAUCAAACCGAGCCAGUUUGUCGAGCGCCUGUACGACAAUCUCAAGCUCCGUGUGGCGGUGCAGCGAGCGAUGGCAGCUGCAAAGUUCAAACCCGGAGGGCUACCGCACGCCCUCGUCCUGGCCCCCUCCGCCACGACGUUGUCCGACUUUGGCAUCGACCAAAUGGCCAUUUGGAAAAGUGCCGAGGACGAAAACGGGUGGAACGUCGAGAAGGACCGCGCGUUGCUGCUUGGCGUGUACAUUCACGGGUUUAGUGCGUGGGAAGAAAUCCUAUCGGAUCCGCAGUUGCCCCUCGAGAAGCAACGUGCGCUCAAAGGCAGUCGACUUAAGACUCGCGCCGAGAAUCUGCUAAAAAAACUGCCGUCGCCGGCGCACGUCAAGGUGGCGGGCGGGGGGCCGAGUACGAUGAUGGAUCGGGCGGCGGAGCGAGCCAAGCGAAAGGCCGAAGAGCUGCCGACGUCGAGCUCACCACCGCCGCACGCCGACUCGAUCCGGCGAGGCCAUGUGCAGAGCAGGUUUGGCGGUAAGCAGUUGCAGCUGGUCACGCGUGUUGCGAGCGACGACGAGGAAGGAGAAGUUCGCAGCGACAAGGAAAGCGACGACAACCAAACUGCUUCCGCGUUAUCCCGUCCUCCUGCGACGGAGCAACUGCGAUAUGGCGGCAAGGACAUUCGCAUCCCCAAGCCAAAAAAGCGCGAUGGAAAGGCCUCGUCCUCAAAGAAACCGACGAUCGUCCUCUUGACCCAAGAGCAGCUCGAGGCCAAGUGGGGCCCCAAGGACCGGCUCAAACACAUUCGGACGACGCUCAAGAAGGUGCGCCGCAUCGCCGCGUGGGCCCAGAGCCAGGCGGACGACAACGUCGUGCUGGAAAAGGUGGCCAAGUACAUUUGCGAAAUCGGCGCUGGCAUCGACCAAGUGGUGGCGGCGGAUGAUGGCGACCACGGCGACGAGCUGGCCACGUGUCUGUGGACGCAUGCAGCCACGUUCACACCCUUCUCUGCUGUCCAAUUUGAACGGCUGUACGAUGACAUGGCCUGCGACGCCGCCGACUUUCAUCAAACGUAGCGCUACUGUAUGAUCAGAGUCGACAAUCAAAAUAAAUUAUUAUCUGUAACCACGACUAUAUCUAUAUAUCAUCUACUCGAGAGCGAGCUUCAUCAUAUAACAUGCUCUGCUCUACUCCAACCGAGCCCGCUUCGGCACGUCGCCAUCGGCAGUGUCGUCGCGAGGCCGAGUCGACGCCACACGGGGGGGGGUUGUCGGUCGCAACGCGUGUUGGACGUCUGGCAUGGUCUGAAACGUUUGGACGACAAACACGGCAAUGUGACGGGCGACUCCAAAGUGCACAAGCAGGUCUUCCAGCACGCUUGUCAGGGCCGACGGAUGGUCCGAGAGCUGCGCGAGGAUGUCCGACACGACUUGCCGAGCCAUGUGGCCGAAAAAGGGGCACACGCUGUCCAGGAACGACGACGCAUUGGCGGGCUCGACGUUGGUCCCCCGGAUCAAAGCCACUAUGAGUUCAGGCGCGAACGGCGACACGGAUUGCACGAUGUGACCCGCGAGGUUCGGCGACGCGGGGGGCAGCAGGGGGUGGUGGAAGCGGGGCAGCGUGUCGACGUGGUCGCGGAGGGCGGCGAUCAUGUCGACGCUCCAGUCCCGGUUCGUGCCCGGAGACAUGGGGGGAAAGUCGUUGCCUUCGAUUAGUUGCAUGCCCACGUGUUGGAUGACACUGAGCAGAGCGUCGCGGGAGCCGCCGAGCACGCCAAACACGUCCCCGGCCGACAGCGUCUGCAUCACGCGUCGUGCAAACGAAGCGAAAUUCCACCGCCGCUGGGGUGGGGCGGCUGGCGACUGUUGGGACGACGAUUCUUGGGUUGGGAAGACAAUGAUUGGAAUCCGUGCUUCAAAUUCAAACAUCGAGCUGUUGUUGGCCUCGGUGGUGCGCGAUGCAGUGGAUGACGUGGCGGCCUCUCGCAUGCCCUGCACCAUGGCGUUGAAAGCGUCCGUUCGUCGAUAUUGUUGACCUUGGAGAUCCACGAGGAGCCCAGCGGACGACGACGAAGUCGAGGGGGUCGUGCUGGUUGGUGGUAAACGCGCCUCGAGUAAAGACGGGAAAGGUUGGACAGACCGAGAAGAUGCCCCUGGUUGCGACAGGGAUGACGCGAUUAGGUCGGCAGGGGCCUCUGGGGUCGGCGGUCCGCCGUUGUAUCGCAAAAACAGACGCCGACUGAUCCGUGCGAGCAGCCCCGCGACAUCCCCCGACGACUGCAGCGCCUCAAUCGUCCGGAAGAUGGGGCUCACCAACUCCAUUUGCAGCGCCCGGUUGCCGCGUCGCACGUGCAAUUCUUGCAACGCCACUGAAAGCCGUUCGAAUCGAGGUUGGAGGUCGGUUGUUAACAGAACCAGCGUCUCGAUGUUGUUGCGAAGCACUUGGACGUCGGCUUCGUACGAUGCAUGUGUGAGGUCACGGAUGGAGGGCGGAAAGUCCGAGUCUACAUCAUGUUACGAGUUGACUGAGGAGGGGUCGGUGACAACAACAGGACGGACCUGGUCGAUCCAGCCCCCGCAUGAGGGAAUCGAGCAGCGCGUUCACUCGCCCCGCGCGGUCGUGACGAGAAUUGGCGUUCGCUCGCAGCAUCACCCGUUCCAUGGGGAUGUUCCGGGUGGACGGACCUGACGCGUCCGUGCGAAGGGGGGCAAUAGACGAUGCUGCAGGGGAGUUGGUCGUGUCCGCAGAACCUGUGGUGGACGCUGGCUGUCCUUCACUGACGCCCUGGACGGAGUUCAUGAUGGUGGACAGUAACGACUGCAGAAACGGCAUGCCUUGAGCGCCUUCUGGAACAGCG